AGAAGACACCACUGACCUGAUUUUAUUCUGUCAUUUAUUUAAAGCUUUUUUUUUUUAUCAGCUGUUGAAUGUCGUUCAGAAUACUGAAGCGCUAAAACAGAUUUAUUUUUGUUGUUGUUGUUUUUACUUUGUGCUUCGUUUCCAGUCUGCAGCUGGCUCUCAGUGGAGAGGAGGGGUGGGGGGCGGAUAUUCAUCAUCUCGCAGCCUCCGCCCGCCUAUCUGGCUCAUCUGCCUCUGUCCAAAGCGGUGGAGAGACGGGGGGAACCGCAGACAGACAGGGGGACAUAAAGCUUUUAGUCGAAGCGAAAGCGAGAGAGAGGGGCGAUGGCCGCUGGUGCAGGAUGCGGGGAAUCGGUGGAUCAGUACCGCGCCGAGGUGGAGCGGCUCGCCCAGGAACUGGCCGAGGCGAACCGGGAAAAGAUCAGGGCUGCGGAGUGCGGUUUAGCUGUCCUGGAGGAGAAUCAGGCGCUGAAGCAGAAGUAUACAGAGCUAGAGACCGAACAAGAGAUCCUCAGGAAGGAGUUGGAGCAGUUACAAGAGGCAUUUGGCCAGGCUUACACCAACCAACGGAAGGUGGCAGAGGAUGGGGAGACCAAUGAGGAGACACUGCUGCAGGAGUCCGCCUCCAAGGAGGCCUACUAUAUGGGCCGCCUGUUGGAGCUGCAGUCAGAGGUGACGCUUAGCCGCUCUGUGGCGUCCAACGCCCAGUCAGAGAAUGAGCGGCUCAACGCACUUGUACAGGAGCUACGAGAGAGUAACGAGAUGCUCGAGCUGCAACGGAGCAGAAUGAGGGAGGAGAUCAAAGAGUACAAGUUCAGAGAGACCCGGCUGCUUCAGGACUACACAGAGCUGGAGGAGGAGAACAUCACACUUCAGAAACUGGUGUCCACACUCAAGCAGAACCAGGUGGAGUACGAGGGACUGAAACAUGAAAUUAAGGUGCUGGAGGAGGAGACUGUCCUUCUGAACAGCCAGCUGGAAGACGCUUUGCGCUUAAAGGAAAUCUCUGAGGGUCAGUUAGAAGAAGCCCUGGAUGCCCUCAAGACUGAGCGCGAGCAGAAGAACAAUCUGAGGAAAGAACUAGCCCAUCACAUCAGCCUGGGUGACAGCGUCUACGGCGCAGGGGCCCAUCUGGCGCUAACCGUCACCGGAGUUGAAGGCCUGAAGUUCCCCGAGGAGAGCAACGGCACUAAUGGCAGCACCAUCCCGGCUGCUAAUGGCAACAAUGAGGACAACAACCGCUGCAACGGUCACUUUCACGCUGGCUCUGGGAUGGCUAAGAUGAACGGGGACUACAGACCCGGCCGAAAGGGAGAUGGCCUUCACCCCGUGCCAGAUCUGUUCAGCGAGCUCAACUUGUCAGAGAUGCAGAAGCUUAAACAGCAGCUACUGCAGGUGGAGCGUGAGAAGGCAGCACUGCUCAAGAACCUGCAGGAGUCACAGACUCAGUUGCAGCACACACAAGGUGCCCUGACUGAACAGAAUGAGCGCGUCCAUCGUCUCACAGAGCGCGUCAACGCCAUGAAACAUCUCAAUGGAGACAAAGAGCUCGAUGAUCCAGAAGAGAGUGAGAAACCUAAUGGGGGGUCCUCAUCCCCAACGGCCAAUAGCCAUCAUGAUCUCGAUAUCCACGGUUUUAAGAUUCUUGAGUGUCGGUACAAGGUGGCGGUGACCGAGGUGAUCGACCUAAAAGCAGAGCUCAAGGCCCUGAAGGAGAAGUACAAUCAGGCGGUGGAGGGACAGGGAGACAGCCAUGAAGAUGACCGGGUCCAGGCACUGACUGAACAGGUAACACAGUUGGAGCGAAGUUAUCGUGAAAGCCGGGAAAGGGUUGUAAGCCUGGAGGCGGAGCUCCGAGCAACUGCAAGUACUGCCUCAGAGAGCCAGGGCAUGCUGAACGCUGCCCAGGAUGAGCUGGUAACCUUCAGUGAGGAGUUGGCGCAACUCUACCACCACGUCUGUCUGUGCAACAACGAGACACCAAACCGUGUCAUGCUGGAUUACUACCGCCAGAGCCGAAUCACACGCAAUGGCAGCCUCAAAGGCUCGGAGGAUCCUCGAGCUUUGCUCUCGCCUCGCCUGGCGCGACGUCUUGCGGCAGCAUCGGCAGCCUGCUCCUCGGAGUCUCCGCGCAGUUCCACAGACUCCCCAUCCAAAGAUGCCCAGCAUAACGAGACAACAACUCACAACCCAGCAGACUCCUGCCACAGCAGCCCUACCCGCAACUACACCGGCUCCCCGGUCAUCGGCAUCUCUCCUUGCCCAUCUCCGGUACCUUCAGACUCAAGUGGGGACCUGCGGAAGGAGCCAAUGAAUAUCUACAACUUAAACGCCAUCAUCAGAGACCAGAUCAAACACCUGCAGAGGGCUGUUGACCGCUCGCUGCAGCUGUCCAGGCAAAGGGCUGCAGCUAGGGAGUUAGCACCCAUGCUUGACAAGGACAAAGAGUCCUGCAUGGAAGAAAUACUAAAGCUCAAGUCCCUGCUUAGUACUAAGAGAGAGCAAAUAGCUACACUCAGGCUGGUGCUCAAGGCCAAUAAGCAGACAGCAGAAGUUGCGCUGGCUAAUCUGAAGAGCAAGUAUGAAAAUGAAAAGGCGAUGGUGACAGAGACCAUGACGAAGCUAAGGAAUGAACUGAAGGCUCUGAAAGAAGAUGCAGCCACCUUCUCUUCUCUCAGGGCCAUGUUUGCGACGAGGUGUGAUGAAUAUGUUACACAGCUGGAUGAGAUGCAGAGGCAGCUAGCGGCAGCAGAGGAUGAAAAGAAGACGCUGAACUCCCUCCUCCGAAUGGCCAUCCAGCAGAAACUGGCCUUGACCCAACGCUUGGAGGAUCUGGAGUUUGACCACGAGCAGACUCACCGUACCCGUGGUGCUAAAGUGCCCAAGAUAAAAAGCAGCCCACCCAAAUUUCUUGUAGAUUGUCAGCAGCCUGCUGCCUCAGUACCGCUACUCUCCCCACAACUAAGGCGAGGGAGAGCCUCCCUAGUACGCAGUCCUAAAUUUCUGGCAGACCACCAGGAACACCGAGCAGUCCUGUCCAGCAGCAGAAGCCUUCUCUCCCCUUGCGACCCUCGUAACUGUCUGGCCCAGCAGCCCCAUCCUCCUGGCACCUAACCACGCUGGUCCUGCUCAGACCUCAGUCUGGAAGCAGUCCUGCAGAGACACAGACACACUGGACGGGGGUUCCCUCAGUUUAGCUCCCCUCCACCAAGCAGUCCAACCGGGUGCUUACUGGGCUCUGUGAUCUCACUGAGCACUACACUGCCCAGCUGUGGCCGACCUCCUGGUUACCUGGGUCGUAGAAGAGGAGCAGGAUGCUUCCUUCAUCUCUGGAAGUGACCUACUGUCCUGGAAACACAAAACAGAGACCUGACCUGAGGCAGAAAUGCCAGUGACAACACACUGAAAUCUGCCGCCCUGUUUCUCCUAGUAUUUAUUUAUAAUUUAUUCACUCUGCCAAUUAUUUAUUUCUGAUAUAUUUAUUACUUGUAUAUUUUUGUGUGUUUUCCUUUUUUGUCAUUCUGCGAGAUGGAGCUCAAAGACGGUUUUCCUGCUGUGAUGAAGACUUAAACAGUUUAGCACAUUCACUACUGUAUAUGUAUAUUUGUUUCCCCAAAAAACGAAAACGAACAAAAGCAGAAUGUCUUCUUUUGAAAAACUUAAGGAAAUUGAAAUAUUAGAUUUUACCAGCACAAUAAUCCCCAAAAACUCACAUAUAUCAUUUUUACAAAGGGGUGUUAGCAAAUAUGGUUUUUGUAAACAGGCUAAUGAAGGUCUAGAUUCAAAGAAUAAGAAUGUUGUUUAUUUUGUUGUUGUUUUUAUGAUGGCGAAUUUAAUUGUGUUUUGAAUCAUCAGUAGUCUGGAUGCUUGUGGACUAUUUUAUAACUCCCUUUGCUUUGAUUUUUGUAAUGAUUUACAGCAGACUCUGGUGAUGUGUUGUUUGUCUGUUACAUAGCUCAGGUCUCUCAGAGACCGGGGUAGGUGAGUGGUUGGGUGUUUGAGAUCAAGACUAGGGCUGUUGGGCUGAGGUUUUUAUUUUGCUCUUUGAAUUGCACAGGUUUAAGUGACCGUGGAGUGAACUGACCUCCUUUUUUAACAUUAGCUAAGGACAGAGGAUUCCCCAAAGGUGUGCCUCCUCUUAAGUAACUGUCACCUUCAUCAUUGUAAUCUCACCAUUUUCUUCAGAAAACUUUUAUUAUUCACAUUAAUACCCCUAAUUAUGACAUUAAGAAAAAUGUUAAUCAUGCUGACAUUUUCCAUAUCCGAGCUUACGCUGUUCUCAAAACAUCACCUUGUUCAGCUUUCUCUACAUGCUUACUCCAUACAGUAUGGAGUACUGUUCAAGCACAAUUCUGCACUAUGCAUUAGAGCAAUACAGUUGCCCCUGUUUCAGACUGAUCUGGGUAAGAUUUACCAAAUCUUUUAACCAUUUCCGUCAUCAUGAACUAACCAGCAGGAUAAGAAUGAUAAAACAGCAGGAGGAGUGUUGCCGAUUUUGAUGAAGGAGCACUAUUGUCAAUUUUCUGUGUAAAAAUUGAGACAUUGUUGCUUUUGAAACACUGAGAUGGGCAGUUUGUGGAGUUUGUUGCAUAAUUGAAGUCCCAUAUUUCUGUACCGUACUUGUCUGGUACACUCAUAAUGUCUCUGAUGUUAGAUACAGUUGUUUGUCACAUGGAUAUGGAAGGGAUAAAUUAAAACUACAUAGUCAGUAUUAAUCUUGUAAUGACAGAACUUCUGUUACAACAGUAACAACUGAGUGGAUGCUGUGUGUGUGUGUGUGUGUGUGUGUGUACAUUUGUUUGAUUUAUCAUUGUUAGAUUGUUACUUUUGCAACUAUAGAGCGUUGAAAACAUUUGUGGUCCAAAAGUAGCUUCCGCACUCAUGCAGGCUCAUCGGUGACCUAACUCUCUUGGUUUGUUUGCACAACAUAGCUAUGGAUGGAGAGAGACUAAUCUAAAAAUGGAAAAAUAUAACAUGGUUAAAAAGGAAUGCUAGCAGUAUGCUGUACUGCGGUGGGUUUUAAAGUUUCUCCACCACUUAAAACGGUGUUCAAUUGGCUUCACAACUAAAUAAAAGAUGCCCUUGGAUUUGUAUGACUUUGCUUCUGCGUCUGUUUCUCUGCCUUGCCAUUUUUAAUGAGCUACACAAAACUAGACUCCACGAAACUUCCUGUAAUGAUGGUGCCUGUAUUCCUGUGCUCCUACAGACAACACAGAAUAGCCUAAAAUGCUAAAUUAUACUAUAGGAAAAAAUCUGUGUGAGCCAGUGUCAUGCCUAAAAGGGUGACAAAUAUUUCCUAGAGUCCAAUGCAGUAUGCGGUCUGCCGUUUAGUAAGUGCCACUGGUAUUAUUGCAUAUU